GGCUUCUUUCCUUAUCGAUAGGCGGUGAGCUACUAGGUAGGCGCUAGUGCGUUUUCUGCGCCAAGAGUUCGAUAAUUUUUGGGAGAUGGUGGUUGGAGCUUUGACAGCUGGACUUGAAUUACAACAAACUCGCAUUUCGGAGUUACGAGAAGAAAUUUGGACGAAAUGGCGAAGGCACAGCUCAAGAAGAUUCUGGAUGCGAGACAGGGGCGUAAUAUUGCGCUUGAGAAGCAGCGUAAGAAGGAGAAGGCCGCGGAGAAGCGCAAGGUGAAGAAUGCGCCGGCUGUUGAGGAUGAGGAGGCUGGUGGUGUGCCGCUAGAUGAGGUCGAGGUUAAGGUCAAUGGCAAGUCGAAGGAAUCUAAGAGUGGAAAGAAGGCGGCGAAGGCGACUGAGAAGGAGGCUGAGUGGGAGACCGAUGGCAGUGAAGAUGAAGAGGAGGAUAGCGAGGAUGAGGAUGACAUGGAGGAGCGACCUGCGUUCGACCUUUCGCGCCUUGAGGACAGCGAGAGCGACGUCAGUGGCGACGAUGACGAGGAAGACGAGGAUGAAGACGCCGAGGAUGAUGAGGAGGCGGAGGACAUCCCGCUGUCUGACAUUGAAUCGCUGGCUUCAGAAGACAAGGGCGACAUCAUCCCCCACCAGCGCCUGACGAUCAAUAACACUGCCGCCCUUACCGCAGCCCUCAACCGCAUACAACUCCCAUACUCGAAGCUCGCCUUCUCAGAGCACCAGUCCGUAACCACAACCGAGCCCGUCGAAAUUGCCGACGUCGAAGACGACCUAAACCGCGAGCUCGCAUUCUACAAACAGUGCUUGUCCGCAGUCAAGGACGCACGAGGCAGACUAAAGAAGGAGGGCGCUUCGUUCUCGCGACCAGCAGACUACUUCGCCGAGAUGGUCAAGAGCGACGAGCACAUGGGCAAGAUCAAGCAGAAGCUGAUCGACGAGGCUGCGGGCAAGAAGGCGUCUGCUGAGGCGCGCAAGCAGAGAGAUCUCAAGAAGUUCGGAAAGCAGGUCCAGGUUGCGAAGAUGCAGGAGCGCGCGAAGGAGAAGAGGGACACAAUGGAGCAGAUUAACUUGCUGAAGAGGAAGCGCCAAGGCGCAGACAUCACCAAGACCAACGAGGAAGACCUCUUCGACAUUGGCCUCGAGGCCGACGACUCCAAGCCCGACCGUCGCGAAGGACGAGCCGGCGGAAACAAGCGCCAGAAGAAGAACGAGAAGUUUGGUUUCGGCGGCAAGAAGCGACACGCAAAGAGCAACACUGCUGAGUCCAGCAGCGAUGGCCGCGGCUUCUCGUCGAGAAAGAUGAAGGGCAAGACUGGGGGCGCUGCGAAGGCAAGACCUGGCAAGGCGAGGAGAGCAAACAAGCAUUAGACGGACGAUGUUGUAGGAUGAGGUCUUGAAAGCAUGCAUACG